UAUGUACCCGAUGUCAAAGUGUUACGAAAUUGAUAACGAUUGCCGUAGCGCGGAACGACCGCCGAGGCUUAUGGUGAAAUUUUGAAUCUUUGAAAGUUCGGCGGAUCAGUGGCUUUAAACUUAAGUGGAGCUUACUUAGUUCAUUCGUUUGUCCUUCAAUGCUCCUAUCGAUUAUUUGACUAUUACGGGCUCUCAAUUCGUCCUUUUAAUUAAAGUUUAAAAUUCAAUUAAAUAUCUAUUUCAAGCAAUAAGUUCCACUCCCUAUCUAUUAUUAGGUGGUCCUCGUUCUUACAACUAUUCUUUAUUAUUUCGGAAUAAUGAGUUCGUUUACAGUAUCGAUCGUGGACACUGUAACUUUUGAAGGUCAAAAGCCGGGCACAUCGGGUCUGAGGAAAGCUGCUAAGAUUUUCCAGCAAGAACAUUAUACAGAGAACUUUAUUCAGGCGAUAUUCGAGGCCGUGGGUGAUAAUUUAUUUGGAAGUACAUUAGUAGUUGGUGGUGACGGUCGUUAUUAUGGGAGAGACGUGAUUGAGAAAAUUAUAAAAAUUGCUGCGGCAAAUGGGAUAUCAAAAUUGUUAGUCGGUCAAAAUGGAAUAUUUUCUACACCAGCCGUAUCAACUGUAAUUCGAAAAUAUAAAACAAUUGGAGGAAUUGUGCUAACGGCAUCUCACAAUCCAGGUGGUCCUAAUGGAGAUUUUGGUAUUAAAUUUAAUUGUGAGAACGGAGGUCCAGCUUCAGAUUCUAUUACCAAUAAAAUUUAUGACAUAACGAAAACUUUGAAAAAGUAUAAAAUUGUUCCCGAACUUUCUGUCGAUAUUGAUAAAAUACAAUGCGUCACUGUGCAAGUCGAUGGAAAGCCUUUUACCAUAGAUGUAAUUGAUUCUGUAAAUGAUUAUAUUAAUUUGAUGAAAGAAAUAUUUGAUUUUUCAAGCAUUAAAAAGCUGCUUCAAGGAAAUGACGAGCAUCUACCAUUUAAAAUUCUUAUCAACUCAAUGAAUGGAGUAACUGGCCCGUACGUCAAACAAAUAUUUGGCAAAGAAUUAAGCGUUAGUGAUUCUAAUUUAGUAAAUUCAACGCCAAAAGAAGAUUUUGGUGGCUUACAUCCGGAUCCAAAUUUAACUUAUGCCGCUGAUUUUGUAAACGAUGUGAAGACUGGAUUAUAUGACUUUGGAGCUGCUUUCGACGGUGAUGGAGAUAGAAACAUGAUUAUUGGGAAAAAAGCAUUUUUUGUAAAUCCUUCAGAUUCGUUGGCCGUUUUAGCUGCUAAUUUAAAUGUGAUACCAUAUUUUCAAAAAGUCGGAGUGAAAGGAUAUGCAAGAUCUAUGCCAACGGGAGCAGCUGUCGAUAGAGUAGCAAAAAGUACUAAUAUCGAAUGUUUCGAGGUACCCACAGGAUGGAAAUAUUUUGGAAAUUUAAUGGAUGCUGGACUGAUAUCGCUUUGUGGCGAAGAAAGUUUUGGAACAGGGUCGAAUCAUAUUAGGGAAAAAGAUGGAAUUUGGACUAGUCUCGCUUGGCUUAACAUAAUUGCCAGCCAUAGAAAAUCUAUCGAAGAAAUUUUAUUGAAUCACUGGUGUACUUACGGAAGAAAUUUUUUUACAAGAUAUGAUUAUGAAAAUUGUGAUAUCGAUGCAGCUAAUAAGAUGAUGAAAUACGUUGAAGAAUUAAUGAAAGAAUCGGAUUUUGUCGGGAGAAAAUUUACAUCUCAUAAUAAAACUUAUAUUAUUAAAGAAGCUGACAAUUAUUCUUAUAAAGAUCCAAUAGAUGGUAGCGUAGCUUCUAAACAGGGUCUUAGAAUUUUAUUUGAAGAUAGUUCCAGAAUAAUUUUUCGGUUAUCCGGUACUGGAAGUGCUGGUGCGACCAUUCGCUUGUACAUUGAAAGUUAUGAAGCGGAUUCGUCUACUUAUCUUCGAGAUCCUCAAACUGUUUUGAAACCACUUGUCGAUAUUUCACUAGAAUUGAGUAAACUUGGUGAAUUUACUGGACGAAAUGAACCAACUGUGAUCACAUAAAGA